AUGACCCGCACCCGCAGUCAGUCAGCUGCGGCGAAGCAGGCAACGCCUUCGUCGGCUGGGCGAGCCACGCCUAGUUCGUCGACAUCGUCAAAGAGCAACGGCAAGAAAAGCCAGAACAAGUCUACAUCCCCUUCAGAGUCCAAGAGCAAAGCCUCAUCGCCGAGCAAGUCGCCCUCUCCGAAGUCGCAGGCUGUUGCCCGACAGUCCGCAGAUGAUCAAGAUUCUUCCGCAAAGGCCAAUGCUUUCGUCGACGUGCCCACCAUCCCGCUCUUCGACUUCGAUCUUCCGCUCGAGCUCGACACUCCGUACGGCUCGCGCAUCUCCGCAUUCAAUCCCGCACCCUACGAGGCCCUGCAACACAGAUUCAAGCAGUGGUUCCCAGACCUCGCGAUCCAAGACGAUGAUGAGCAUGACGGGCCUGCGCAGUCGUCAUCAAGCGCAGUCGGGCAAGACAGCAACGUCGAGCGAAAGGGAGGCCAGAAGAAGUCGGCCGCCCCUGCGCAGCCGUCAUCGAAAGAACAGAACAAGACUAUUUCGUCGAAACGCAAGGGCAAGGCCAAGAAGCCCGAUUGCAUUCACCUCGAGGUCGAGUUCGUGCCUGCCACCAUCUCGGACAUAGACCUGCAAUUGCCCCGCACUUCACAGGGCUGGUCGGGCGUCGCAUCUUCGAAGCCUCACAAUGCACUGGCUGUGGUCGCACUCGCCCCUCCGGACUAUACACCACCCGAUGAAGUCAAGGUUGAAAGCGUGCUUGCCUUCACUGAAGAUCCCGCAGCACGAGACGAAAGUCCAGAUUUGUCGGAAGAGCCUAUGAUCGACGAUCCCGAGACCUUGUUGCUUGGACACAUCAUCCCCUCGGCCUUCAAAGAUGCAUGGCACCCUCUCCUCCAUCUCGACCCCACUCUCUUGUCGAAGGAAUGGAUUCAACUGUACGGCGAGGUCACACUAGCUCCCCCCUUCCUUCCGCCCAGGCACGAGAUCUUUGGUCCUGAUUCUUGGGAAGCUUCGGCAAAGAAGGGCUCGACCGCGCCUGCCAAGCCUUACGAUCCCCCCAGGAACCCUUGGACGGACUUCCCAUAUGACGUGAGCAGCAGCCGUUUCAUCUCGCCGGAGGGAUCCAACGUGCCCUCUACUCGUCUGCUUGGGGUGCUCAGUGUGCAGGUCGGUCUGGAGCCCGCAGCACUCCAGUACGGCGCAGGCAACGAAGACGUCGACGGCUUUGUGGGUUCGGUUCAAGAUCUCAAGGACACACGCGCCGCAGGCACACUAGGCUUGGCAAGGGCCCUCCGUCGUGUCAUUCCCGCCAUUGUCGACUGGCAAGACGGCUUCAUCGAGCUCGACGAACAGGCCCACACGUUUUGGGACCGCAACGAGUCGUUCUACGAUCUACCUCCCAAGCAAAGAACGUUGGCUCGCCACCUGGUGCUCGACAAGGUCGAAUCGGUCGAUUUGCCCGCCUCCUCUUCCAAGUCUCCCAGCAAGAAGCGCAAAAAGUCGUCCACCGCGUCCAGGCCAUCGUCAACAUCGACUUCGAGGAUCUCACUCUUGUCUGCUCCGACGUCGGCAUUCGAAGAUGAAGAGGAGCCGGAAGAUCGACUCGACCUGUGCCUUUGCCCGAAUUGUCGUGGCCGCCGUCGUCAGGCCGCUCGAAGAGCAGCUGAAGCUUCACGACCAGCCGAACCUCCUCGUCCGAAGGCUGAUGUGCUGCCGCUCGGAGAGCAAAUCACCAGUACAGACCCGAGGCUCGGCGAUAUCACGAGUGAUAAAUUCCUGCCCCUCGACGUCAACAUCGCAAGCCUGCUCGAGGCGUGCCGUCCACCUCUUGGUGGGCCCGAGGUCUUUCCGCCUUCCGACAUCAUUCCCACGCCCUUGUUGGGCUAUCAAGCUCGAUGUCUAGCGUGGAUGAUCAAGCGCGAAACUGUGGUGGAUGAAGACGUCAGCCAUCUGAUGCCCAACUGGUUCCCCCUGCGAUGCAAGAAUGCCGACCUCAUCAAACAUCGGCGCCUGCAGCUGGAAGCGGAACGCGAAGCACUCCUGGAGGCAAUGCACCGCGGUCUGUCUCGAUCACGUCGUAAUGCCCUCGUCAAAUCUGCUCAAGCGACUGUUCAUCCCGCCAUCGGCGCAGUCAAAUCCGAGACUCUCGACGAAGGCCCACGCAAUUCCAAGACCGCAUCCGGGCAAGGGGGCGCUCGCGCAAAGAACCCGGUCAAUUCGGGGAGCAACCUCAGCAGUGAACUCAAGAGGGAACCUUUCAUCGAUCCGUUCGACCAGGUCUUCUACUUUGACCAAGUGUCUGGCCUGCUAAGUCUCCGUCGCUUCUCUUGUCGUCCGACCGAGCCAGGAGGCGCACUCUGCGAGUCCAUGGGGCUUGGCAAGACGCUCGAAAGUCUAGCUCUCAUUGCAGCUCACCCGCGACCGGAAAAUCCGGAUCUCCUCGCGUACGAUACCUCCCGCAGUGCUAGGAUGAUCGCAGAGAUGGAGCCUUCCGAGCGUCCCUUCGUCUCUCGGGCGACACUCGUCGUCUGUCCCGCUGCAUUGGUCGAACAGUGGAUGGAUGAGAUCCGCAAGCAUUUCCGCAGCCGUCUCACUCUCGAUGUGGACACGUCCAUGUCGGACGAUGCGACCAUUCUCAAUCAGCAGGCAGGAGUGGUGCGCUACAAGCACAGCGACUUUGCUUGGAACGUCAGUUCAUCGCGUAGCGAAGUUCGAGCCCUUGCCAAAGAGAGGCUCACCCAGCCCGACAUUGUCGUCGCAACCUACGAAGAGCUGGCUUUUCAGCUUUCCGAAAGCCAUCGCGUGCCAGUCAGCGACGAUCAAGUCCGGACACCUCUGCUCGAGGUGCAUUUCUGGCGCAUCCUCUUGGACGAGGCUCAGAUCGUCGCGGGAGCGUCGGGCAAGGCCACCAACAUGGUUCACGAGCUUUGGCGCAGUAACUGCUGGAUGGUGACUGGCACGCCCGUCACCAAAGGCAUUCGCGAUAUCCAAGGCAUUUUCGCCUUCAUGGACCACGAUCCGUUCGCAGCGCCGCGCUUCUUCAAUGAGAUCCUCCAAGAGCCCUUCACUCGCGGCUGUGUCGAAGGCAUUCGCCGCCUGCGAGCAAUCCUCCCCCGCUUCGUCUGGCGACAUACGCAGGCUCAUGUCGAGGACGAGAUCGUGCUGCCUCCGUGUAAGAGUGAGGUCUUGGAGAUCAACCUCAAGCACGUAGAGAGGCUCUUCUACGAUAAGGAAGUGCGCAAGUUCCGCGAGAGCUUCGCCAAGCAGGCCGCACGUGGCGUCGCCAACGUUCCUCAACCGUCCUUCCUGGUCCAUCUCCGACAACUGCUCAGCCACCCUCAGGUCGCCGACGAGCUCAUGCUCUUCCACAACUACUCGCGUCUCUCGUUCGCCGAACUGUUCCGUCGUUUCUGCAAACAAGCCGAAGCCGAACUGAAUUCGACCCGCCUACAUGUCAUCAACAACACCCUGCAGCUCGUUUGGGGCCACGAUUUUUACCACGAAGAGAAGGACAAACGUCAUUGGCGCGGAGGCCCAUCGCCGCUGCAGAAGCCCGAGGACAUUCGCAAGUUGCUCGAAUCGACCCUGCGCAUCGUCAAUCUUGCCCUGGACGAAGUUCAGGUCAGACGGGCGAUUGGAACCGAGCCCCCGGAGGUCGACGACGAUGAAUUGUACGCACGCCUCCGAGCCGAUCCCGCCAUCCGAUUUGGCAUCAACUGGGAAGAGGCCAAGUAUUGGCUCCUUACUCUCUUGCAAAAGCAUGCCGAUCCCUCUUCGGGCGAUCAUCAGACUCAACCGCUCGAACCGCCAAGGCGCUGGGAUCCGGAACGUCCUAAUCGGUCCGUGUUUGACAAGGAGUUCAAGAACGCGGACGAUAAGACAGUCGAUCUGAAAGAUCCCAGGUAUCAUCUUGUCGUACAGGAUGCGGGUGCCGAGGACAUGGACGAGGAAGAUUACCUGGCUCAGAUCGAGGCCGCCCAAAUGGCCAAAGACGGCGAACCACGAAAGAAGGUCAAGAUGGACCCCGCAUUCGAGCCCGGCACGCUCAAGAAGUCGCGCCUUCGCGGCAAAGCAUCGCAACGUCAGAUCGAGCGCGUCUGGUUCUACAAGCCCAAGGAGCGUCUCGACACGACGCAUGCACGACUUUUGCAGUUCCAGGCAUUGCUUCCAGGCAAGGAGCACGAGCUUGCCUUCCUCCGACAGCAAUUGUUCGAGGGCCAGACCGUUGAGGCCAAUGCUCAAAUUGGUCAGACCACCAAUAGCACACCUGAAGCCUCUUCACCCGAUCAAGCUGCCUUGCAGUCUUCAGGCGCAGAAUGUGGCAUCUGCUUCGAGCCCAAGGUCCAAAUCGGCGUCCUCCCGUGCUAUCACUCCUUCUGCGUCGAAUGCAUCGACACACUCUGCGAGAACACGCCCAGAUCGCGUUACGUCAUGAGCAGCUGGAACAUGCCACGCUGCCCUUCAUGCCGACUCAAAUUCUCCCCGGAUCGCGUCACACGAAUUAUGGAGCGAGGAAGAUCGGCUUCGACCGAUGGCUUUGACGAGGUGGCCGGCGACUGGAGCGGCAAGAUCUCAGGUGUCAUUCUGGAUCUCAAGGCACGACUAGCGCAAGACCCGACACACAAAGCCGUUAUCUUCUCGCACUGGCCCAAGAUGCUGUCCUUCGUGCGCGAUGCUAUGACACAGAACGACGUGCCAGCAGUGGUCUUUGGGGGCAACGAGGCUAAGCAAUCGGAAGCGCUGCGGGCCAUCCGUGACGAUGACGAUGUCAGGGUGAUCCUCGUGCCUUUCCGGGCCAGUGCAGGCGCGGCAGGCCUUACGCUUACCUCUUGUGAUCUGGCGUACCUCAUGGAGCCGGCUCUUGAUAUUGCGCUCGAGGCGCAAGCAGUGGCCAGGAUACAUCGCAUCGGUCAGCGACGCGAGACCACGAUCCUCCGCGUCAAGAUGAAGGACACGAUCGAGGACGCAGUUAUGCGCGUGGCGGAGGAACGCUCACGCCGCGGCAUGGCCCUCGCCACUCACGCUGCUCCCGGCAUCGAUAUAGCAGGAGCUCAAAGUGCUACUGUCGAGGCAGAUGUCGCCGCUGCCGGCUCAUCCGCUGCUGCAGAGAGCUCGGGCGCGUCCAGCAGUCGAACGAUGGAGGGCUUAGGUCAGCCGGGUGCAGCCUCUUCUUCUGUGCACGUGAAGCUCGAGCGCGAGGACACAAUGCCGCUCGCACCUGCGGCUCCCAAUCUACGAGAGCGUUCCAUCAAAGCAUCCGUAGGCGCCUCGGUCGGAGCGGGUCGUGAAUCAGACAAUACGAGUCUUACGAUGGCGGAAGUCGGCCUCAUUCUCGGUUUCGACGUCGGCGAAGAAAAGAGAAAGUCGAGCCAGCGUCGAGCAUCUCUUCAACAACGCGCAGUGGGGGUAUGGGGGUAUGAAGACAUGGAAGAAAACUGGGUUGACGAGUUGAGCGAGCGCGAGCUCGACGAUCUCGAGGAGGAAUUGGCCAUGGAAGAGGAAGAAAUGGCCGCCGACUUGGGCAUGGGUGACGACGACCUUGACGUCGGCGACGACGACGACAACGAAGUUCUCCCGAUGACGAGGGAGAUGGCAGAGGAUAUGGAGAUACUGAACGACGACGGCAGCAUCGACUGGGAAGCACUGCAGUACGCUCCUCGAUCCAUUGUGGAGAUGGCAGAGGCUUACGAGCUAGAGCGAGAACGACAAAGCCGCUGA